UGAUUGGGAAAAUGUUUAAGUUACCGUUUGGAGUGACUUUUGAGUCUCUCAAAAUGGAGUUCAUGCAAAUACUCCAUGCCCACCUGCUGGGGGCAGCCGUUGCUCUUGUUUUGGUUGGCAUUUCUGCUGCCUUUUUAUAUUACGCCAACAAACCCAAAGCCAAAGCCAUCAAAGUCCACGGAAUCGCUCUCUCAACAGCUACACAGCGGGUUCUAGCUACCCUUUACGAGAAAGAGCUUGAAUUUGAGCUUGUUCCUGUAGACAUGAAAGCUGGUGAACAUAAAAAAGAACCCUUCCUGUCCUUCAAUCCAUUCGGACAAGUUCCAGCUUUUGAAGAUGGAGAUUUGAAGCUCUUUGAAUCAAGGGCAAUUAAUAAGUACAUUGCCCACGAGUAUGCUGACAAGGGGACCCCGCUGGCAUCCGGAGACAUUAAGCAGAAAGCAAUCAUAGGGGUGUGGUUGGAGGUGGAGGCCCUCCAAUUCGACCCGGCAGCUUCAAAGCUUACCUGGGAGUUGGCAUUAAAGCCAGUGUUUGGGUUGGUUACCGACAAGGCUGCUGUGGAGGAGAAUGCAACUAAGCUGGCUAAGAUUCUUGAUAUCUAUGAGAGGCGACUGACUCAGUCAAAAUACUUGGCAUGUGGCAGCUUCACCUUGGCAGAUCUGCACCACCUGCCCACCAUACAAUACUUGUUGGGCACAGAAGCCAAAAAGCUCUUUGAUUCACGCCCGCAUGUCAGUGCCUGGGUAGCUGCUAUCACAGCAAGGCCAGCUUGGUGCAAGGUCCUCGCCAUGCAGAAGCACUAAUUAAAAGGAGUGCUAGCCGCUGCCGGCUACUCUAUGGUCAUUUGUGUUCAAUAAGCAUGAGUUUUAAUCUCAUCUAGUUUGAGUCUAGUGCAUGUCACAGUCUUGCCCUCAAUCUUCAAGUUGAAGGCAUCAAGUUUAUGAGCUAUUCAGCUAUUCCCAACACAAUAAUAUGAGUGAAUCAUAAUUCUCUAUUGCCAAAA